CUCGUCUUCGGCAGGCGGACCCUGCGCCGGGAUGCCGGGCUGGAGGAAGAACCUGACCCUGUGUUUGCAGAGGAUGCAAGAUGAAGAUGAUGGUCCUUAUUCAAAAGGGAGCAAAGACACGGGAGGAUUGGACACAGCAUUAGUUUCAAGAAGGCAAAGUAUUCCCGAGGAAUUCAGAGGAGUCACAAUUGUGGAGCUGAUCAAAAAGGAAGGAAGCACCCUUGGAUUAACUAUAUCUGGUGGCACAGAUAAAGACGGGAAGCCGAGAGUCUCCAAUCUGAGACCAGGAGGGCUGGCAGCAAGGAGCGAUCAGCUAAACGUCGGUGACUACAUCAAGUCAGUGAAUGGGAUUAACUUGACCAAACUGCGACAUGAUGAAAUCAUAAGCCUGUUGAAGAACGUGGGAGAAAGGGUGGUACUGGAAGUAGAAUAUGAGCUACCCCCAGCCGCUCCAGAGACCAGUGCUGGCAUUAUUCCAAAGACCCUCGAAGUGACCCUGUACAAAGAAGGCAACAGUUUUGGAUUUGUGCUACGAGGAGGAGCCCAUGAAGACUGGCACAAAUCCAGGCCAUUAGUAUUGACCUAUGUUAGGCCCGGUGGCCCGGCAGACAGGGAAGGGUCUCUGAAAAUUGGGGACAGGUUGUUAAGCGUUGAUGGGAUCCCCCUCCACGGUGUGAGUCAUGCCGAUGCACUGAACAUCCUACGUCAGUGCAGCCAGGAGGCCCUCUUCCAGAUUGAGUAUGAUGUCACCAUAAUGGACACAGUAGCCAAUGCUUCAGGCCCUUUGCUGGUGGAAAUAGCAAAGACUCCGGGGUCUGCACUAGGAAUCACACUGGCAACCAGCACCCAUCGGAAUAAGCAGGUCAUUGUUAUUGACAAAAUCAAGCCAGCCAGUGUAGUGGACAGAUGUGGGGCUUUGCAUGUUGGCGAUCACAUCCUUUCCAUUGAUGGCACCAGCACAGAGCACUGUUCAUUGUUAGAGGCUACCCAGCUUUUAGCUGCAACCUCAGAAAAUGUAAAGUUGGAGAUACUGCCUGCUCACCAGAGCAGACUGCCCCUCAAGCCUCCAGACACAGUCAAAGUGCAGAAGAGUGACCAUCACCAUUGCUGGGAUCCUUGUGUCAGCUACUGCCACACUCACCAUCCGGGGCAUUGCAAGACUCCCACCUGGAACCAGACUUCUAGCCAAGAUUAUUGCAAAUCUCUUGUCGCUGCCAAUUUUUCAUCUCCCACGAUGAACACGUCAGGGUUUGCCUGCCAGAAUUCCAAUACUCUACCUCGGAGCAACCACACCAUGAGCCCCCGGGCCACCAUGCUGCGGAGAAGACAGAGGAAGAAGGAGCACAAAAGUUCACUGUCUCUGGCGUCCAGCACGGUGGGCCCUGGUGGGCAGAUUGUUCAUACGGAAACAACAGAGGUGGUUCUAAGAGGAGAUCCCUUGAAUGGCUUUGGACUGCAGCUUCAGGGGGGGAUCUUUGCUACCGAAACUCUCUCUUCUCCCCCCCUCAUCCGAUUUAUUGAGCCUGACAGCCCAGCAGAAAGGUGUGGCCUACUACAAGUUGGAGACAGAGUACUUUCCAUUAACACUAUUGCAACAGAAGAUGGGACAAUGGAAGAAGCCAACCAGCUCUUGCGGGAUGCAGCUCUUACUAAUAAGGUUGUGCUGGAGAUUGAAUUUGACGUGGCAGAAUCUGUCAUUCCUAGCAGCGGGACCUUUCAUGUGAAGCUGCCCAAGAAACGAGGUGUGGAACUUGGAAUUACCAUCAGCUCAAGUAGAAAACCAGGGGAGGCUUUAAUUAUCUCCGAUAUCAAGAAGGGGAGUGUGGCGCACAGAACGGGCACCUUAGAGCCUGGGGACAAGCUGUUAGCCAUUGACAACAUCCGACUCGACAACUGCUCAAUGGAAGAUGCGGUGCAGAUUUUAAAGCAGUGUGAAGAGCUGGUCAAACUGAAGAUCAGGAAGGAUGAGGACAAUUCUGAUGAACAAGAAACUACCGGCGCCAUCAUCUACACAGUGGAACUGAAGAGAUAUGGCGGGCCCUUGGGGAUAACCAUUUCAGGGACAGAGGAACCUUUCGAUCCAAUUGUCAUCUCGGGCCUGACAAAACGAGGGCUGGCAGAAAGAACUGGAGCCAUACAUGUAGGAGACCGGAUAUUAGCUAUUAAUAAUGUAAGCCUUAAGGGGAAGCCACUGAGCGAAGCCAUUCAUCUUCUCCAAAUGGCUGGAGAGACUGUAACACUAAAGAUCAAGAAACAAACUGAAAGAAUUUAUCCCAAAAAGUCUGCAAGUAUGAAUGAAGUGAGUGACCCAGAAGAUGACCUGACCGACUCUCAGAAAACUAGCAAACUCUCUGAGAUUUAUUCCACCACGAUCCCCAGUGUGGACAGCGCAAUGGAAUCCUGGGAUGGUUCUGGCAUUGAUGCAGGUUAUGGAAGCCAGGUAGGUACUUACAUACCCCAAGCUGUUGGUAUUGCUCUUCAUCCACAUGAGUGGAGAUCCAGCAGACAGAAGAGCAGCACCCCUCCUGGGGACCCCAGGAAGAGUUACCCAUUUAUGGAUGGCACUUCUUUCAGUGAGGAGGACUGGGAGAAGCCCAGCAGAUAUCCCAACCGCCAAAAUGGCCUUGAGACCGCACACGAGGAUAAUUUUUGGCGUGUUUUUGGAGAAGCUUUGGAAGACUUGGAAACAUGCGGCCAGUCUGAACUUUUGAGGGAGAUUGAGGCAUCCAUCAUGACAGGGAGUGUACAUAAUCUGGGUCUUGAUGGGGGCAAGCUGCUCAUGAACUCUGUUAACCAGUCUGGAUUGAGCCCCUCGAGGAAAGGGAACCCCAAGAGCUCAGGUGAAGGGCAGGGCCACAGCAAUGUCACUCCUACCAAGAAAAAUGAGAGGAAUUUGGAAAUCAAGAUAAUGAAGGAAGAGAUUCAGGAAAUUAUGUCCCCCACUCCUCUUGAACUGCACAAGACUUGCCUGUUCUUGCAGAUGACUAUCUACAAGGAUCCAGAGACGGAAGACUUUGGAUUCAGUGUCUCUGAUGGCUUGCUAGAAAAAGGUGUCUACGUUAACAUGAUCCGUCCAGAAGGGCCAGCUGACCAGUGUGGCCUCAAGCCCUAUGACAGAGUCCUUCAGGUUAAUCGUAUCCGAACAAGAGACUUUGAUUGCUGUUUGGCCGUUCCUCUGAUAUCCGAGGCAGGAGACAAAUUGGAUCUAGUGAUCAGCCGAAACCCCCUAGCCUUUGCUGCCAACGCCCGGUUCGAUGACCAUGGAAAUCUGUCUGGCCAGUCGUCUGUCGGGGUGGAGGUCAAGGCCAGCAUGCAGACGCUCUGAACGGUGGCCUUGCUGUGAGCUGCCCUCGAGGCUCUGCAG